AUGGCGCAACAACAACAACCCCCAGCGACUCCGACUGGACUCGCAAGCGCCGGCCAUUCCAUUUUUGGCGGGCCGGACCAGACCAAUACGGAUAUGACGUCGCAGAUGUCGCUGACUUCCUUCGCGUCGACCCUCACCCCCGCCUCGGCCUCGUCGAAUAAUACAUUCAUCAUGCCGAACUCGCCGCUCAAAAACCGUGCCCCGAUGGAUGGCUACCGCCCCAAGGUGACCCGUACUCUCGGCCAGCGCCCGGCGUGUUUGGUUAAUGCGUCCGUGACAUACUGCGGCAAUAACCAAAUCUACGCCUUUGGCGGGUUUGACCAAUACACCGACGAGGUCUACAACCAUGUGCUGCGCCUAGAUUUGGUCAGCCAUCAGUGGACGCUGGUCGACAACUACGGCGAUAUCCCGGGUGUCCGCAUGGGCCACACGGCUACGCUGUACAAAGGCGACAAACUGCUGGUAUUCGGCGGCGAAAACGAACACCGAACCUACCUCUCCGAUCUCAUCAUCUUCGAUUUGAAAACUGCGCAUUGGACCCAGCCAGCAGUGACAGGUCCGAUUCCCAAAGGCCGCGCCCGUCACGCAGCUGUGCUACAUGAGGACAAGCUCUUCAUCGUCGGGGGCAUCACCGGUCAUGACAACUACGUAUUGGAUGACAUCUGCUAUCUGGACUUGAAGACGUAUACUUGGUCGAGGUCAUGGCGGUUCGUCGGGCGGUUUGACCACUCGGCGUAUAUCUGGAGCGAUCGGGUUUGGGUGUUUGGCGGGCUGAGCGAAGAUAUGGACAAGGUCAGCGAUCUGUGGUGGCUGGAUCUCAAGGGCAACCCAGCGUUCGAAUCACCGCCGCACAUCGGCACCUUGGACCGAUCAGGUACGCCUCGGCAUCCGACCUCGCCUCGGCCGCCAUAUCAAGCGCCCCAGUCUCCCGUUGUUGGCUCAUCCGGCUAUGCGGCCAACUCGAGGACCCCCCAGGUCAACACCCCAUCUUUCCACCUCAAGGCAUACGCCCCCCCUGCCCCAGGUGCGAUAUCUGCGCUGAAAUUCGUCGGCGGCGCCAACGUCCCGUCUCAAGGGCAAGGUAUCCACUUUCAUGUGUACUCAUCUGGAACUCUCCUAGACUUUGUCACCCCAGCCGCGACAAUCACGUCAAAAGAAUGCUCGCUUUCUGCGCUGGACCUGGGGACGCUGAGAUGGCAAAAGCUAGCUGAGGGGCGCGAGAUAUUCAAGUCGGGGUACCGGUGGCAUUACUGCACUAUGAACGAGGAUGGGACCAAGGCCUGGCUGCUGGGCUGUCCCACGGAAGCCGGCGCGAUUGACCUCGGCAUCAACGGCCUCGAAGAGUAUCUCUCCGACAUUAUGGAAAUCGACUUGCGCCGGUACGGUUUCUUGGGCAACAACCUCGCAUCGGAAUCAAGGACAGACUUGGCUCGCCCUUCGCUACGACUGCGUAAUGUGGAACCGCCUUCCAAGGGCCUAGGCUUUGAUCUCGCGCGCCUCUUUGACCAGCCCCCAGAGUCCGGGAGCGGGACGGACUUCAUAGUGACCGCCCUCUCCCGCGACUUCAACGAGGACGAGGUCAUGGGCUCGGCCCUCAUGCACGCGAAUGAGCUGGAUGAAGGGAGCCAAACAUGGCUUGCGCCUGACGCACCUACCUCACCACCCAUCCACGUCCACCGGCUUAUUCUACAGGCACGUUGGCCCCAUUUUGCGCGCCUUUGGGCCAGCCAGAUGGCCGAAUUCCACACCAAGAAGAUGCACAUCCCGGAGCCCUACAGCGUCGUCAAGGCUUUCCUGUACUACCUCUACACCGACCGGAUCGAUCCCACCGACGGCGACCCGGAGGGCAGCACAACCGCCCACCUCUCCGACGUUGCCGGCCUUCUCGUCAUGUCCAACAUCUACAACAUCCCCCACCUCCGCCUGCUAUGUGUCAACCGCCUGAGCAAGGAACUCGACGUCGAUCACGCCUGCAUCAUCUGGUACUGCUCGGGUCUCGCCAGCGAAGACUGGCUGCGCAAACGCGCCGCCACCUUCUGCAUGACACACUGGGGCCGCGUCGUACGCACCGUUGGAUUCCAGCGCCUGCCGCGCGCUGCCCUGGUCGAGCUGUCGCAGGAGGUUGAUAUGGAAGGGCGUGUUGUCGGCGGCGACGAACUCGAUAUGAUGGUCGGCAUGGACGGGCGGUUUGGAGACGAAGCAGGUGCCUUGGCUGCUGCGCGUCGUAAGGAGAGCGUUAGCAGCAGCCAGACGCAGAUGCUUGAGGCCGAUGAGGACGAUGAUGAUGAGGGCAUGGAACUGUCAUAG